AUGUCUUCCAGCGCAUACCAGACUAAUGCGAAACCCCGGGGUCGGAGGGGGAGCUACUCAGAAUCCUCUGACAAGCAAUCUCGCAGCAGAGCUUCAAGUUCCGCCUCCAUGAGACUGUCGAAGACUCUUUCGAGACACCUAGACGAAGUUGCCGUCCCCAGGAAUAGUCGGCCGAGCUCUCCAGCUGUACACAAUCAUCGACAGAGGCCACUAGAUUUGAGAUCUUCGGACGCAAGUGUCAAUACUGGAUGUCAUACUCCAGAUUUAAGGAACAGAAGCAAGGCUCAUUCGAUGCCGCAAGCCUCUAGUGGCGAGAAGGAUUUGGCUCCUCCGCCGAUGGUGGUGGUUCCUGUCAGGUCAUCUGAGCCGACCACACCCGGUCGAUCUGGUGUCCUUGGUGGCGCAAAGUUAGACGCUUAUGCGAGGCACCAAGAAUCAAUGAAUACCUCGCCCGGACUGACUCGAAACACCAGGUCAUCCAAGUCACUGGCAUCAAUGCAACCAACUGUUACGGAAGAAGCUGAGGAGAGAGCCGAUGAGACACCUUUGCCAACCGCUCAACCUUCUGUGUCAUUCCCCACCGUCCUCCCACAGACUAUGCCAUCCAAAGCGCAUGAUAUGCUCCCGCAUGACGUUCCAAUGCCAGUGUCGCCAGUGACAUCAAAUCCAUCACCGCGAAUACUUGCAUCCAGUGACCCCAGAGCUUCAGAAUCCUCCUUAGAUGAGUUACUCCUUGCUGCGCCUUCUCCCAAGGCACCGAUACCAUUCAUCUCGCAACCCGUAAUCAGUAGAAGCGAAGAAUGUGCUCCAGUGACGAUUGUUCAAAGCCCAGGACCGGGACUAGAAUAUAGUCAGAUGUACGAGCAAGUGCCACCUCCGGCUCGCACGCCACUAGCAUCCCCUCCACAGUCGCCAAUGCUUCAUCAGUAUAUGGGGAGCCCACCCCUUCAGCCAGUACCUUACAUGCACCCAUUUCCAUAUCCUCCACCGCUCAUGCCCAACGCUACCUAUAGUCCCAGCUUUUACCCUGCUCACUUUGCACUUGGCCCCAUACCGAACUUCCAAGCUGAAAUGAUCCCGAGCUCCAGUUCUGUCGGGCCUGAGGAUGAACGGACUAUGCUCCUUGAGAAGGUCUCUAAUGUCCUCCCUGACAUCAAUCGCUUGCUCCAUCAUUACCAAGAGACACAAGGCCUCUUGUCUGAAAAAGAGAACCUCGUCAAGCAGGCCGAGACGCACCAUGUGGAAGAAAUCACGAAACUGCGAGUUGAGUUGACUGUUACCAAGGAAGAAUUCGAGAAAAUCAUUGGCGAACUGGCUACUGAGAACGUACGACUUAAAGCAGAGCUUAGUGAGCAAACCGAGAGGUUCUCACGGGUCGAAGAAAACAACCCCAGCUUAGCAGAGAUCAGGAAUGAAUUGACGGAGCUGAAGUCGAAGUACAAAAAGCUUGAAAUCGAACAUGGACAAGCCAAAUUUGCCGUGGAUCAACUGAAAACAGAGAAGGAUAUCUUGAAAGCUGAAGCAGAACAGUAUACAAGAGAGCUACAAGAAAACAGGCUUCAGCUGGAGGAGAGUUGCCAGAGGCAGAUAAGAGAGAAUGAAGAGGCUCACACCAGGACGUCAGCUGAGCAGAAGACCAACCUUUCGAAGAUUCAACUCGAUCUCGCGGGAAUGAUUACAAAGCACACGAUUCAAAAGAAAGAUCUGGAUUCUGUGAGGUCUAUGCUCAACGAAAAGGAGCAUGCUCUAGCCCUGAAAACCAAAGAGCUGGAGACCAUGCUGCAGACGCACAAAGAAGAGCUGGAAUUAAGGAAUCACGAAGACCAGGAAAAAGACGCCCGACACAAGCAGGAAAUUGCCCUCUGGUCCCAGAAGAUGGCGGAGGGGGUUGUAAGGCGUGAAGAGAUGAUAAAUAAGAUGCGUGCAUCUCUAGAAUCACAAAUCGAAAAGGAGAAGAAAUCCACCGAACUUCGAAUCGCUUUAUUGACAGCAAAAUUUACCGACCUAGAGAAAAAACAAACGACGUCGUUUGAGUCUGCGAAAGCUGAGAAUGAAAACUUGAAGAAUGAGAUCACCAAGGAGCGAGGCGCUCACGACGCGCUGAAAAGUCUGCAUUCAAAAGAGAAAGAGGCGCAUAAAGCUCUCCAGUCUCGACAUGAUGCACACCACACCCAGUUGACAGAUGCUAUGCUUUUUCUAAGGAACAAACAAGCAGAAUGGCAUCGAGAGAGUGAGAAGAUGGAUCGCAUCUUGCAAAGUCUGGGAAAACUUGGUUCUAGCAAGACCAAUGGCAAAGGUGAUGAGUACUUGUGA